GGCCACUAGGCUCAUGUCCACAUAUAUCAACAGAUGUGGUGAUGAAGCCUGAUAAGUAAUUUCACGUUACUCUCUCUCUCUUUCUCUCUCUGUUCAUUUUCGCGCUCCUUCUUUCUCCAUUUACGUGCGCGCUAGCACUAACCUUGGCUCGACGUCAGAGGCUGUGCGGCAGUGCAGUAGGAUGCGCGCGUGGGCAACCGAGCCCCACUUUAAGCUGAUAUCGCGAUUCUGCCACGCGAACCAUACCCCCCCACCCCUUCUCUUUUCCCCGUCGCCGGUAUAGGUAACCAUAUCGUUUCACCCCUUCUAUCUCUUUCUCUGCGUUCAUGUAUGGAUUCUACCCGGAUUUCGACCACUAGCCAUGGGUCCCUUGCUGUUCUUUGAGCCGAAGGAAAGCUCCGCUGGCGCAGUAAAGACGGGCAACACGUCGGGACUGCUAAUAGACUCGGAGGAAAGGCGAGCGACCAUGCCGUGACCGAGCGCUUCGCUUCUCGCCGCUGUCACCCUGUCUAACGUUUGCUGAAUAGGCUAAUUCUGGGGGAGAAGCAGCAGGCUAGAGCACCUCGCGCGGCUUACCGCAGCUCGUUUGGAGGGCAACAUGAGGAGCCCGUACCCACCGGUGAAGUGGCUCAUCCUCCGUGCGCCUCUGCUGUUGCUGCCUCUCGCGUUCCUCCUCGACACUUCUCGUGGGAUGCCGCACGUUUUGAGAAUCGGGGGGAUCUUUGAGUCAAUAGAGAGUGGUCCAUCUGGACCGGAGGAGCUGGCCUUUAAAUUCGCUCUGAACACCAUCAACCGAAACCGCACACUACUACCCAACACCACACUCACCUACGACAUCCAGAGAAUCAACGUCUUCGACAGCUUCGAGGCCUCUAGAAGAGCCUGCGACCAACUCUCAUUGGGCGUGGCAGCCAUCUUCGGCCCCUCCCAGAGCUCCUCAGCCAAUGCCGUGCAGUCAAUCUGCAACGCGCUGGGUGUGCCUCACAUCCAGACGCGCUGGAAGCACCAGGUGUCGGACAACAGGGACGCCUUCUACACCAGCCUCUACCCCGACUUCAGCUCCCUCAGCCGAGCAAUCCUUCACCUUGUCAACUUCUUCAAGUGGAGGACCGUCACGGUGGUGUACGACGACAGCACAGGGCUGAUCCGGCUGCAGGAGCUGAUCAAGGCUCCCUCGCGCUACAACAUCCGUCUGAAGAUCCGACAGCUGCCGGCCGAGACCAAGGAUGCCAAGCCACUGCUGAAGGAGAUGAAGAAGGCCAAGGAGUUCCAUGUCAUCUUUGACUGCGGACACGAGAUGGCUGCCUGGAUCCUAAAACAGGCUCUCUCUAUGGGCAUGAUGACAGAAUACUAUCACUUCAUAUUUACCACACUGGACCUGUUUGCUUUGGACAUGGAGCCCUACCGCUACAGCGGCGUGAACAUGACAGGCUUUAGGAUCCUGAACACAGAGAGCACACAGGUCACCUCCAUCAUUGAGAAAUGGUCCAUGGAGAGGCUGCAGGCCCCGCCCAAACCGGACUCAGGACUGCUGGACGGGUUCAUGACGACGGAUGCUGCUCUGAUGUAUGACGCGGUGCACGUGGUUGCCAUGGCAGUGCAGCAGACGCAGCAGAUGACCGUCAGCUCCCUGCAGUGUAACCGCCACAAGCCCUGGCGAUUCGGCAGCCGCUUCAUCAGCCUCAUCAAAGAGGCUCAUUGGGAUGGCCUCACUGGACGGAUCCUCUUCAACAAAACCAACGGCCUCCGCACGGAGUUCGACCUGGAUGUGAUCAGUCUGAAGGAGGAGGGGCUAGAGAAGAUUGGAACGUGGGACCCUCUCAAUGGUUUGAAUAUGACUGAGAGCCACAAGGGCAAAGGCACCAAUAACGUCACCGACUCCCUGGCCAACAGGUCGUUGCGUGUCAUCACCAUCCUGGAGGAGCCGUAUGUCAUGUUUAAGAAGUCAGACAAGCCUCUGUAUGGCAAUGAGCGUUUCGAGGGCUACUGCAUUGACCUUCUGAGGGAGCUGUCCACCAUCUUGGGCUUCCGCUAUGAGAUCCGAUUGGUGGAGGACGGGAUGUAUGGAUCUCUGGAGGAGAGCAGCGGCCAAUGGAAUGGCAUGGUCCGGGAGCUCAUAGAUCAUAAAGUAGACCUGGCAGUGGCCCCUCUGACCAUCAGCUACGUGCGGGAGAAGGUCAUCGACUUCUCCAAGCCCUACAUGACACUGGGGAUAAGUAUUCUCUACCGCAAGCCCAACGGCACCAACCCCGGGGUCUUCUCCUUCCUCAACCCCCUCUCACCCGACAUCUGGCUGUAUAUUCUGCUGGCUUGCUUGGGUGUCAGUUGCGUGCUGUUUGUCAUUGCCAGGUUCAGCCCAUAUGAAUGGUACAACCCUCACCCCUGUAACCCAGACUCUGAUGUGAUGGAGAACAACUUCACUCUGCUCAACAGCUUCUGGUUUGGAGUUGGAGCUCUCAUGAGACAAGGCUCAGAGCUGAUGCCCAAGGCCCUGUCCACGCGGAUCGUCGGUGGCAUCUGGUGGUUCUUCACCCUCAUCAUCAUCUCGUCCUACACGGCCAACCUGGCCGCCUUCCUGACCGUGGAGAGGAUGGAUUCGCCCAUCGACUCUGCCGACGACCUAGCCAAGCAGACCAAGAUCCUCUAUGGCCUGGUGGAGGGAGGAGCCACUAUGACCUUCUUUAAGAAGACAAAGAUCUCCACCUAUGAUAAGAUGUGGGAGUUUAUGAACAGCAGGCGUCAGUCUGUGGUGGUGAAGAGUGUGGAUGACGGCAUCCAUCGUGCGCUCACGUCCGACUACGCCUUCCUCAUGGAGUCCACCACUAUCGAGUUCGUCACACAGCGCAACUGCAACCUCACGCAAAUCGGAGGCCUUAUCGACUCCAAGGCCUAUGGCGUAGGCACGCCCAUGGGCUCUCCGUACCGGGACAAGAUCACCAUUGCCAUCCUGCAGCUGCAGGAGAGGAAGCUGCACAUGAUGAAGGAGAAGUGGUGGCGUGGCAACGGCUGCCCGGAAGAGGAGAGCAAGGAGGCCAGCGCCCUGGGCGUGCAGAACAUCGGCGGCAUCUUCAUCGUGCUCGCCGCGGGCCUCGUGCUGUCCCUCUUCGUCGCCGUCGGCGAGGUGCUCUACAAGUCCAAGCAGAACGCCGACGUCGAGAAGAAGUCCUUCUGCAGCGCCAUGGUGGACGAGAUCCGCACGUCCCUGAAGUGUCAGCGCCGCCUCAAGCAGAAGCCGCCGCCGCCCGUCAUCGUCAAGACGGAGGAGGUCAUCAACAUGCACACCUUCAACGACCGACGCCUGCCCGGCAAGGAGACCAUGGCAUGAAGGACAGCCACUCCCAUUCCUAAUGCCCCUCACCCCCCCACCCCACGGGCCAAUCAAUCUCCCACCUCCCAUAACAACAACCUGGACCUGAC